GUUUCGAGUAUUUACAUAAUCGUUUACCACCUACAAGAUGUUUUUCAACAGCUGUCAAAUUGUGUAUUAGCUUCAAAAUGAAAUUUCUGUUUUUUCACAAGAUUUUCAACACAUCGCAAAGAACUGUCAAGCUCAAUCCAGCCUGAGGCGUGUUGAAAAUCUUCUACUUCUUUGGCACAACAACCGCUGUCGGUCAUGGCCUGCCUGUACCCACUUAAUGAAGUGGGCUUGGCUUUCAGUGACUUAUUGUUACCAUAGCAGGAUAGUCAGUCCUACGUAUAGCGGCGCGGUCUAUUUGGGGAUUGAACCCAUGACGGACAUGUUGUUAAGUCGUACGAGUUGACGACUAUACUACCAGACCGGUCCAAACCAGGCCGGUUUUGAAAAUCAUCCUGAGGAAAUUACAAAUUGUGAUAAUGGACAAUACACACAUACACAGAUACAAAUAUUAGCGGAGCUUAUUUGAAAGAAUACAACGGCCCAGGGUAUAGGAUCAACCGUUUUUCUAUGCCCCAUUUGAAGUCUACGAAAAUGAUGAUACGUUACGACAUUCUGAGGUCAUUUGCUGAACUUUAGGGAUAAAUUGUUUAAUAUUGGCGAAAGCCCUACAUAUUAUCCUCCGAUCAAGAAGACCUUUUAAAUAAAAUGACACAUUUAUUUCAAAGAACACAUUUCGUCCACCUAAAUUUCUUUCAGCAUGAGUCAUUAGUUCUUUCAACCAUUGUUGAUUCAACCAUAAAAACAGAUAAUAAAGCAACAUACUCUUUGUUUUGUACUGUACUGAGUUAUUCUUCCCCACAUCCACUUUCAAAUCUUGAAGUUCAUGGAGUGCAUUUGAUUCCAGAUAUAGUGAACUUGGAAGUACAAAGAGCAGCCGAACAUUUGUAUUCUGCUAUCGCAUUGGUUAUGAAAUGAUAUUUUUGUGGAGCACUUGUAUUGAUUUUUUUGAAUAUUGCCUGUCUUAUUAGAUACAAUAUAUCAUCUUCUCUAUGGAUCGCCUUGACUACGAUGUGAUCUAUAGGUGAUCUUUCAAACAAUAUUUCACCCCUAAAUUCACAAGUUCUUCCUCAUUCCUCGCGCUCUUCUGAAAAGUUUAUCAAACGCCGCUCGUGCAAAGCACAACCAAUCAUGCUAGCAGGAGAGACACGAUGCAAUGAUUCAUAAGCUUGACUCCGUUGGUUCGGAUGGAUGCUAAAAAAAUCUCCUUUUCGAGAAAGAGAGUUACUAACACUAGGAGAUAACUAACCGUCUGGAAGAAUGACAGAGAGCUUCGAAAAAAAAAAUGAAGCCGGGAGCCCGCUUACACAGAUUGGUCAUUUUUGUCGCCAUUGAAUUGGGUAGGUCACUGAUAAGUCCUUCUUCUUAUGCAAUUUAUCGAGUUGUUCUAUCCCAUUAGUUCACUAUAAAAGAGAGCGGCAUAAUAGCCGUCUGUUCAGUUUCAUUCGGUACAAGCAUAGUCAUCGGUCCUUAGCUCACCAUGGACGGUUCUAAAGCCGUGUUGUGUCUUGUGCUAAUUUCUUUACAUACCACAAAUGUCCAGUGUACCAAAGGCACAUCAUUAUCGCUUACCGGCUUUGGCUUUGAAGUGAUAGUAGCCAAACUUGAGUACCUGCAGGACAAGCUUCUCGAGACUGAGCAGAAGCUGUCCAAAGCCAUUAAACAACAGAAUCGCACGAUCGAACGUCAGCUAGCCGCACUGCAAGCGCAGUCGCACAGGACGCUCUCCCUGCAGACAGCCUGGGCACAACAAGGGAAGUUGUGGAACGAUAUUCAAGCUCUAUCAUCAAAGGAAGACAUAGAACGGUUUAAGCUUGGCACAGGGCUAGAUCUGGCCAGCAUCUCGUCGCGAUCAUGCAAGGCGGCUGGCCAGGAGCAGUCGGGCAAAUUCUUAAUACAGCCUACGGAGCAUGAUGAACCAUUUUUGGGAUAUUGUGUUCAACAGUCCAAUUUUGGAGGAGGCUGGUUAGUUAUCCAACAUCGUAACACCAAACGGAUGAACUUUAACCGCAACUGGAGCGAGUAUCGGAACGGGUUUGGAAGAGUUGAUGGUGAGUUCUGGUUUGGGCUGGAGCAUUUGCAUCGGUUGACUUCGGCCAGACAGUACGAGCUGUUGAUAGAGCUGGAAGAUGCUAGUGGAAACUCCGUGCAUGCACGGUAUAGUUCCUUUGAGAUCGGCAGUGAGGUGGAGCAGUAUUCGUUGAAGAAGCUUGGGAAUUACACAGGAACGGCAGACGACUUAAUGAGCAGUCACGUAGGCAAGAAGUUUACGACAAAGGAUCGGAACAAUGGUACAACAAGGGAUGGUGACUGUGAAGGGGGGUGGUGGAUGGACCCUUGUAGGUCUACAAAUAUAAAUGGUCCCCGUAAGAGUCGUUCAAGCCUCCUAAGGUUUGCACUUAUGUACAACGGAGCAUUUUCUAUAUCAGGUUUGCUAUUCACGAAAUUGAUGAUCCGUGAGGUUUAGCGCCCUAGGAAAGCAUUAAUGCAAGGAAAUAAUUCUAUACAUUUUUUUUACGCAAAUAUUUAGCAUCUAUUUGAAGUUUCCCUUCCCUCAAAGCUUUCAACAUACACCGUACAUUGUUAACCUUCCUGUAAAACUGGGCACCAAUAAAUUGUUACCCAAUAAAUCCAUCGAAUGCUAAUUUAAAAUGACAAUCAAAUUUCACGCUCCUGUCGCGCACCGAAAAUAGAAAUCCGCUUCGGGAAAGCCCGCAGCCGAACAAAUCAAAUUAGGCUUAUAUCAAUAAUUGUGGUUUCGAUCGGGGGCACGAACACGAGCGGCCUGGGCCAAAAAAAAGAACCGUAAACGACCUUCUGACGUGUUUUUUUUUUCUCUACUGCUGACGCGUGACGCGGUUACAAUGUAGCAAAUUGAGCAGCAGGAAUCAUCCAUUUCUGGGGGGAUCCAUUAUCCGCCAGUUUCGGUUAUGUUUUUUUGGCGAGUCUUUUGACUUGCUGCUGAGACCCCCCCCCAAUUUAGCGGCUGCAUUUAGCGAUGACGAAUCGUUCCAUGGCGUGCUCAUUUCAUAUCGUUUCACGUUUGAAGCAGUUUGAUGUUUUUGAGGGAAAUGAGAGAGUUAUUUAUGGUAAUUUUGAGGUAAUAAAUAAACUUCAAAAAAAUUGUUUUUACUUAGGUUAAUUUUUCUGGCUUUUUGUGAGUACUCAUUUAAAAAAAUGGCUAAAUAUCUAAAAAAAAGUAAAUAACUAAAAGAAAUUUAAAUCAUAACCUUUGCUCUAGCCUAAUUGACUAUAUUAGGACAUCACCAACCGAAUCCGAGCCUCAAAACCCUUCCCAAAACAAACAAGCCGCCAAAAGGCCCACCCCGGCCAAUCGAGAAAAACAGAAUGCGAUUGUUUAAAAAACCAAUUACAAAGUUCCCACGAACCUCCCCCCCCCCCCCUCUUCAUGAACUCUCUCCAACUCCAGCACACGCGGCUCAGGAGGUUGUUGAUGUGCAAAACCUACUUAUCCCAAAAGCUGUGGCGCGGCUUCCCUAAGCUAAGGAAGUCACGUUUAGUAAUUGAACUGGUUAAAAAAAAUAGCUUGACAAACCGAAGUGCAUUCGGGUGUGCAAGUGCAAGCUGCAGCACGGUGCCGCUGAUUUGUGGCCACGUAGAUGAUAUGCUAAGAAGUGCAAACCCCUCCCCAUAAGAGGGGAAAUUAACUUCUGUCUACGUUACUCUUUGUGCACUGGCAUGAGUGCACCUCUUUUGUUCGUGGGCAACGAACGAGUUGUGGGAAACAGGGAAAACGGACUGUAAUCGGCCACACCAGCCCUCACCAGUAACCUCCAGAGUAGCCGUGAUAGCCGUGGGAACAGGCGCGCAUUGCUUUUCUAACAAACUAAUUUCAACAGCGCACCCAAACGUUACGGGGAACGGCAAUGUAACAGCCAAAUGGUCCCACUUUCGAUGACGUUGGAUAGCGCAGUUUUGUAUCUGUAUGUGUAUGUGUGUGUGUGUGUGUGUGUCUAUUUUAACGACCGUUUACAUGCUCAUCCGUAAUUAUGAAAUAUUUAUGAUUGUUUAUGCGAACACUGUUUGCUGAUGAUGAGGAGGAUGGCGUGGCGUACGCGAUACGCUUCAGUGAACCCUCGCGAAGCAGACGAUGAGCGCAUUAAAACGCGCGGUUGUUAUUUAGGGAAGUCUUUUUUUGGGGCCUCAGGCACGUGGUUGAGGUUUCUACUUCUUUCCCGUCAAGUGUUGUGCGCAAUCGAAAUGGUGCUUUGGCAUGCAAAAUAUGACUUUCUCAGUUCACUGUCUUUUUUGGUCGAUAAUCCGAUUCGUAGUCAGCACGCGAGAGAUAGCGCAAAAAAACAGCAGAAAUAGACAGACACAACUGAGACGGGGCAGAAAUAGAGUAUUCCAAGUAUGGCACAUUGAGGAGCUUCUAACUUUCAAAAGCUUCACUACUACUUCAUUGCACCUUGGUACCGGAAAGGGGUUUACAUGGAGCCAUGGAUCCUUAAAACGCAAGUGAGCAACUUCAUGCAAACAUGUGUGCGCAGGAGCAUACGAGCAAAGCGUGCAUACGUGUGAUAGAUUUAUCGCUCUUCUGCAUUGCUGCCAGUGAGUUUCUUUUUUUUGUUAUGUUCACCAAGUUGAGUUUUGCUGUCGACUUUCAUGGGAGUUUAAUGGGGUAACUUGUUUAGAUGCACUCGGCCAGACGGGCAUUGCAUGCGAUGAUGAUUGAGUGGCAUUUGAAGACUUUCGAGAGGAGUGCUGCUCUAGAAUCAAUAUGGCAUCACCUGCAGUGAUUUAUGGUUAAUUCGAUUGCCAGCAUUUGAAGUCUUUUUACAGGUAGAAACUAUUUUCAUUGAUUUAAUUAAUUGUGGGGAAUUUAUUUCCUUUGUACAUUGAUGGAAUUAAGUGCAAUUAUUUAUACUCUCGUAUCAUGUCCGAAGUAGAUAGGACCUGUCAAUUUCAGAAAAUUGAAAUUUUAUAUAAAAAAAUACGCUAAAAAAUGUAAAAACAAAUUCUGGCUCUACAACCUAUAAAAAUAAUACUAAAAAUAUAAUACAGAAAUAAAACCAAAAAUAAAACAAAGAAUAACACUGUUACGCGUAAUUCAAUUUUCCCGCCAAAGAGUUGCGACAUCCGCCAUGAUACGCCUUCUUUCCAGGAAAGGGGCGUG